AACAGUCGGACACAGACAACGAAGGAAAGAGAGAGAGAGAGACCGGGGAAGUGAGCGCAGAAGAAGCAGAAAAAGAGCAAAGCCAAUUGAGAAGAAGCCAUUUACCCUCUCUGACCUCUACUCUGCUCUUCCUCUACCCAAUGCACUUCUUUUCUUUCUCCCACUGCUAGGGUUUCCCUUCCCUUCUCUGCUCCCUUCCAAAACCCACAACUUCACCAUAAAACAGAGCAACUCGAAACAGAGUGAAGAAGAAGAAGGAACCAUUUUUUCCGACCUUGACCAUCUACAGGUACGACUCAUCAAAAUGUCAUCUUUUUUUUCCUCCUGUUUAGUUAACUUCUUUUGUAUUCUUUGGAGUACGAGAAAGGGCGGGGUCUCCUGUUUGUUUCAACUUCUCUCUGUUUGUUUAUUGGGUUUGGUUUCUUGUGUGUACUUUUGAUGCUUGGGCUUUUGAACUUUCGAAAUGUGUCUUUGUUUUGUUCUCCGUGGUACUGUUUGAGAUUCUUUAUUGCUACCAACGCCCUUUGUUCCUUCCCCUCUUUAUUUCUCCUAUCUAGUUUGAUGGCAAAGCAAAUCUGAGUUUUCUCUGGUAAACCUCUGCUCCUUUGGUUUGGGUAUUUUUUUUCCCACACUUGUAGAUUAUCAGCAAUGCAGGACUGUGUUAAUGUUCUCCAGAGCUUAGAGAGCCUCAGGCUGUAACAUUCUUUUGUGUUUGAAACAAAAAGAAAGCUUCAAUCUGUCUUCCUACCCCUUUUCCCAGGUGGGUGUGGAAAAAGGGCUAAGUACUCUGUGAAAAAUUAAAGAGAGUAAGAAAAGCAUUUCCUUGCUUAUUUGACUCCUCUGUUUUCGUUCUGUUUGUGUUUCAGCCUAUAUUUUCCGUUCUGGGUGUGUAGCUUUUACUUAUUCUGGAUCUACACUUAUUUGGACAAUGUCUCUUCUGAGCUCCGUCCUCCACUUUGAAGUCUUCAUAACUGAAACUUGGGAGGUUCAUUCUAUCAUCAGUUUCAUCUUUCAUUUCACAGAUUUAGCUUUCCUGUUCAUUCCCUUUUUUGCGGUUGCUCUUUCUGCCAAGAGAAAGAAAGUCCCCAUUUUUACCCGUUUCUCGCGGAGUUACAUGCAUCAGUAACAUGGAACCUUUUGUGGUGGUGCCAACACAGAGCAGAUAGUGACCCACAGAAAGGAGAAUGAAGCCAGGAAAAUCCGGGAAUGGGCUUCAUUAUGUUAUUUCUCCCUUUUGGCUUCAUCUCUGGUUUUGGGUACAUUUACUCGUGGGGAGCAUAAUAUAGUAGUGCUUGAGUGAAAGCAAAGGCACCGCCUUUGAAAAAUAAUACCCAAAAAGACAGAGAGAGAGGACAAGGUUGGGGGAUUGUGUGUUUGUGUUCAUGCUACAUAAUAAUGAAUUAGCUUGAUAUUUUGUUUUUGUUUUGUUUUGGUUCUGUAGUUCUGGUUGGUGGUAGUGGGGGUAGUUUUGUGAGGAGUUUCUUUGAAGGGACUGUAUUGUAUUGCUUUGUCUGUUCGUUUGAAUGUUAGGUUCAUGGUAACUGAUUUCAAUAGAUGAGAUGGCUACUGCUCUACAAACUUAGAGAUUUGUUUAGUAUACAAUAUAAGGGUAUGGGGAUUCUGAUCUUUGAGUUAGUUUCUCAACCAAAGAUUUGUGUCAAGGAGCUGUUGCAGGUGGCUUUCAGGUUGGGUUUGAAGGCAGAGGGCCCUCUAGUUUUACUCCAUUAGUAACUUGUUGUGCUGAACAAGAGCAAGAAGGAGAGGAAGAAGGAAAGACGGAAGGCUCAGUAAUGCAGACACCAAAAGCAAAGGCUGCCUCCUUGGAGGUGCCACAGAGGAGAUCUCCAGGCACCUCAAGAACUGCUCGCCAACUCAAGCCAUCUGGAGCCGAUUCUGAUUCCGUGGGGUCCCCAAAUCCUGCCACCAAGACUCCUAAGGACAGAAGCCCCAAGGUCCCUGAACGCAAGUCCCCAAGAAGCCCUAUAACUGAGAAGAAGCGGCCAACUAGAGUUUCCGAACUGGAGUCACAGCUAUCUCAGAUGCAGGAUGAUCUCAAAAAGACGAAAGACCAAUUGAAUGCUUCGGAGUCGAGCAAAAGGCAGGCUCAGCAGGAAGCAGAAGAGUCAAAGAAGCAGCUCAUGGAUAUGUCAUCCAAAGUCGAGGAGUGUCAGCAGCAGCUGAUGGAGCUGACUUCAUCAGACGACACUAGAGUGGAGGAGCUCACUAAGAUCUCCCACGACCGAGAUAGAGCUUGGCAAUCCGAGCUUGAAGCUGUCCAGAGACAGCAUUCCAUGGAUUCUGCUGCCUUGGGAACCGCCAUGAACGAGAUCCAACGGCUGAAGAAUCAGCUGCAGAUCGUGGCGGAAUCUGAAGCCACACAGAUAAACCAUGCUGAGUCAGCCCACGAAGAGUUGCAGAGGUUGAGGAUGGAGCUCAAUGAAACUCUUUCCCUCGUUGAGAGGAUGAAAAGUGAGAUGAAUGAUUGCAGGCAGUCUGAAGCUGAGGCCAUGGAAGCUGCUAGGGAAGCUCAACAGCAACUGGAAGCAAUUGCAUUGGAGUUGGAGCAGUCGAAAGCUCAAGCUAAAUCCUUGGAAGCUUCUGGAGAUUCUUCUGCAACAGCAAUGGAGAUGACUGUAGACCAGGACGCAACAAACAAACUGAAGGGUGAGGCGAAGUCUUUGAAAUAUGAAGUGGGUCAACUGAAAGCUGCGCUGGAAGCAUCCGAGGCUAGAUACCAGGUGGAGUAUAUUCAGAGCACACUGGAGAUUAGAAGUGCUUACGAACAAGCAGAAAAAACAAAGCAGGAGUCUGUGGAAAGAGAGGCUGAACUGGAAGCAGAACUUGAGAAGGCCAAGGCUAACAUCGACAAACUGAAGGCUACUCUAAUGGAUAAGGAAACCGAACUCCUGAACAUUUCAAACAAGAAUGAAGGAUUAAGGUCAAAGAUGGAGGAAGAAAAUCAGUCGAGUGAGAAGGAAACUGAACUAGCAACGCAGUUAAAGAAGCUGGAGCAUGAUUUCACAUUGCUGAAAGCUGCCCUUCUGGAGAAAGAGACACAAGUGAAAGGUUUAGCCGAAAAGAAUGACAUGCUGAAGAUCGAGAUCGAGAGAGGUGAAGCAGAGAGGAUCAGGGCUAAUGAUGAGGCAGCUGCAAUUGCUGACACAGCAAAGGCAGGAGAGAGGGAGGCAUUGAUGAAGCUUGGUUCUGUAACCGAGGAAGCUGAUAAGAGCAGCAGGAGAGUCGCCCGGGUGACUGAGCAGCUGGAUACCGCUCAGGCUGCAAAUACGGAGAUGGAAGCUGAACUGAGGAGGCUGAAGGUGCAGGCAGAUCAAUGGAGGAAGGCAGCUGAGGCAGCUGCAUCAAUGCUUUCAUCAACAGGGAAUAAUAACAACGGGAAGUUUGUGGAGAGAACGGGUUCGCUUGAUAAUGGCAUGAACAAUUACAACACCAUUGCUGGGACUAUGGGUUCGCCUUUCUCGGAAGAUAUGGAUGAUGAGUCGCCGAAGAAGAAGAAUGGAAAUGUGCUGAAGAAGUUCGGAGUGUUGUGGAAGAAAGGUCAGAAGUAAACUAAAGGAUCUAGUAAUCCCUAUCAGGCAAGUCUCCCUCUCUCUUGCAGCUUUUUGUUUUUCAGUUUUUUUUUGGCUAGCUGGAAAAUGGAUUGACAAGCUGAAAGCUUUUCUGUUUUGCAGGUUGAAUGGAAGUACCACAUAUCGCGGAAGGUGGAGUGAUUUCUGAACAAGCCAUGUCUUUUGUAACAGUACUAUUGUAUAGAGAAGUUGGAUGGAUGGUGGCUGUCCAUUUGUUAUGUGCUUGACACUACUAAUCAGCUGGGGGGAAAUUGGGACAAACUGAUUCUGGAGCAGACAAGAGACAGCUAGCUUUAGUUUGUAUUGUCAUGUAAGAAUUCCUUGUAUGGUUUUACUUCGAGCAAUGAGUUCCCCCUUUAUUCUUCUUAUAUAUCUUCCUGAAUUAUGUGAUCAAAAUGAAUUUCCCAUCUGUAGUCAUAUCUUCUUUCUUGUUUUCGAGUUUACUGAUGCAACGUAGCAAGUAGCAAUCUCUCCCACUCGUCAUAUGUCAAACCCACUCCAACUUGUAAACGUGUUCUCUAUUCGAUCAGUCCAUUAGCAUCUGAAAGCUCCAAGGCAUUGGAGGAGUCGUUUAUUUGUUCUCCACCACCAAUCAAAUCCAGUAGUUUUCUUAGGAAUCUAAAGAAAGUCUCACCAUUUGCUAGAGUGCAAGAGAGGGUAUCCAUGUGAUUUAUGAGAUGAACGGUAGUGUCAAAGGCACAUGACCAUAGUUUGAGGUUGGAGCCGACAUCCCAUCUUCCACUCUUGCAACAAGCAUAUGGAAAUAGGCUUUCACUGUGUUCGUCAAAGGGUGGCUGCCACAAAGCUACUCGUUCACUAUAUCUCCACCGAUAGCCAAAUUAUUGAUCUUCUAAUCAAACCACUUCGUCACCAACGAUUUGUCACUUCCGAGCCAAGUCGAAGGUUAUUGCCCCUUCAACUUCGGGGGUGUGAUAAACCGUAAUGUCCGAACUACUUUGUGUUAGCUAGUUGUUCCCUUGUAUCUCUCUAACCAUUUUCCAUGUUCAACACCACGCAUUGCUUUCCUCUUGUAUAAUUAUGUACUUCAUUGGUAAUUAUUAAGGCCCAAGAUUAUUAACUGUUGCAUACGAAAAAAACGGGUUAGCUUGGGUUACUGUUCAUAAACCCUCUUUUCUUCUAAUUUCCUGUAGUCGUGUGUACCUAAACCACUUGUGAGCUCUAGGGCGGCUGUCCAAGCAUCUCCAAUGCAGCCCUGAGCCCUCUAAUUUCUCAACCUAUGCAUUUCUCCUUCAUAACCAUUAUAUGGAAUAGGUUUCAAUACAAAACUCUUCCUAAGUUCCUAUUUUCAAUAUUAUUGUAAUUUAUCAAAAAAUAGAUCUAAUGAUUCAUAUCAUAAAGGGGAAUGAGGUAAAUAAGGAAUUUAGAACAGAACUGACAGACUUUUUGGCCCCUCACCGGUUGGGACAGUGCAUGGAUUUUCAUAUGUGUUGUCAAAGCACUUUUCAAAUUUUCUCUGAAAAUUCAAUGGACAAUAGUUCUUUCAUUUUAAAUUAGAAUUAUUAAGGCCCAAGAUUAUUAACUGUUGCAUACGAAAAAAACGGGUUAGCUUGGGUUACUGUUCAUAAACCCUCUUUUCUUCUAAUUUCCUGUAGUCGUGUGUACCUAAACCACUUGUGAGCUCUAGGGCGGCUGUCCAAGCAUCUCCAAUGCAGCCCUGAGCCCUCUAAUUUCUCAACCUAUGCAUUUCUCCUUCAUAACCAUUAUAUGGAAUAGGUUUCAAUACAAAACUCUUCCUAAGUUCCUAUUUUCAAUAUUAUUGUAAUUUAUCGAAAAAUAGAUCUAAUGAUUCAUAUCAUAAAGGGGAAUGAGGUAAAUAAGGAAUUUAGAACAGAACUGCCAGACUUUUUGGCCCCUCACCGGUUGGGACAGUGCAUGGAUUUUCAUAUGUGUUCUCAAAGCACUUUUCAAAUUUUUUCUGAAAAUUCAAUGGACAAUAGUUCUUUCAUUUUAAAUUGGAUUCAAAAAAUUUCUCAACCUAUGCAUUUCUCCUUCAUAACCAUUAUAUGGAAUAGGUUUUAAUACAAAACUCUUCCUAAGUUCCUAUUUUCAAUAUUAUUGUAAUUUAUCAAAAAAUAGAUCUAAUGAUUCAUAUCAUAAAGGGGAAUGAGGUAAAUAAGGAAUUUAGAACAAAACUGACAGAAUUUUUGGCCCCUCACCGGUUGGGACAGUGCAUGGAUUUUCAUAUGUGUUGUCAAAGCACUUUUCAAAUUUUCUCUGAAAAUUUGAUGGACAAUAGUUCUUUCAUUUUAAAUUGGAUUCAAAAUUUUUUUGCGUAUAAAUAUCAAAUUUUAUGUGUUUUACAAUAUGAUAUUCGUUUUAAUAAAUUUUUCUAACGCAAAAAUUUCAGGUCAUAAUUCUAUUGUCAAUUAAAUAAAACGCAAAUAUAAGUUUAAUGACUAAGACAAUACACAAACUUUAUGGAUAUAAUAAUUUCUUAUGAAUCAUUUAAAAAAAUAUCACAUAAGCCUUCAUGAUAUUAGUUUUGACUUUUGAGUGAAAAUUCCUAAAUUAGUUACUAAAUUUUUUACAAUCUCAUCAAUUGGUUUACACAAAGGUUUUUAAGGUCAAUUAUAUUUUACAUAACAGGUUAAUCAAAUGUGAUACUUUUUAUAACAUAGUUCACCUAUUAUUAACUAUUUAUUAUUAUUAUUGCCUACCACAUUUAACAUCUCAUCAAUUUGAAUUACAACGGAAUUAAAGCUUAUGUAAGAUAAGUUAAUAUUAUAUAAUAGUUUAAUCAAAUGGAAAAUUUGUAUCUUGGUUUUAUUAUUAGACGACAUAUUAUAAAAGAUUACGUAACACCAUUCUAUAACAAUUCUUAAAAUACACUCUAUAUGUAAAGCUUAUGAAGGUUGAAGGGAUAGUUAUUACAUAUGUAUCAAUCAAACAAAUAUUUUACCUCCGUAAUAAUUAAGAUACUACAUAAAAGUUAUUAAAAGUGUUUUACUUGAAAUAUUUUGUGAAUAAUUUUGUUUUAACUAAACAGUUGAAUAAGUGGAUGAAAUUUCUUAUCAAAAUAAAUAAUUAGUUUAUAACCGCUGCGAAGCGCGGGCCAAAUAACUAGUGAUAAUAAUGAUUGAAGUUACACAUUAUAAUAGUUCUUAUUAACAUAUAUAUCUUAAAAUUAAUAAAAAAAAUUAAGUUUAUUAGUCUAUAUAUCCCUUUCCAUGUAUUGACUUGAACACCAUAACAACAUUCAAAGUGUUAUUAUACUGCUUUUUCCCGAUUUGAGCAUACCAUGGGAAGUUUGAGAAUGCUGCUCUCAUCCCAUUGCAUUCGUCGUCCUUUUUUUUUUUUGUCAUUUGAAACUUAUAAACAAGAGAAAUAUAAAAUGUUAAGAGUUAAAACAAAAUUCCUCUCUACUAUGCAACCAAUUAACAAAGUCAAACACCCUUUAACAUACGAGGCAAUAAGAAUAGAGCUUAACAAGUCACUAAGUGAACUACUAUGUUACCAUCAUGACCAAUGAACAAAAGUCUAUAAC